AUGGGAAUUAGCCUUGGUUGUCAAAGUUCCAAUCAACCUGUUCAACGUGAUACUUUUAAUAUACCAGUCAUUCGGAUCGAUCGACCUUCGAAAGAGGCACAAGCCGAAACAGAAUCGGUGAAGAGUAGCAUCGAUGAUAGUAUCAAUGACCUUUCAAAUGGGAAUAAGCAAAGUCAAUAUGCUAGAACAAAGUCAUCAUUGGAUGACAACAAGGAUGAAACGGUAAUGCAAAACGACGAUGAGAAUGGCAACAUUGUAGCAAAUAGUCGCCAAUUAACGAAUACUACCUCUAACGAAGAGGACAUUACUCCAAUGGAGAAUUGUUAUAACGAUAAGCUAAAUUUUUCGAAUGAUAUCAAUGAUGUCGACAAAUCGAUAAUGGAUAACGCUGUCAAAGCAGUACAAGAUGGUAGUAAUGAAUGUAACGUUACUAAGGACAAACAUCAGAACGGAUCCAUGAUAAAUAAGACUAUGAAUUUGAAAGAAAAUCAUUCAAAUCUUGAUGAGAUUAGUAAUAGCUGUAGUAAUGUUUUGCAUCAAGCAGAGGAUCCUGUUGAAAAACCUCUAGAUGAAGUACAAAAUAAAAUUAUCAAUGAUAUUGCCUCAAGUAAAGUCGAUUUUAACCGCCAUAAUCUUCAGACAGGAAGCACUGCUAGCAAUGGUGUCGGAGAUACUUUACUUGCGGCUACUGCUAAUCAAGAAAUUGUAAGUAAAGAUGACCAAGGAAAUCAUAAUAGUGAUAGAAGCGAUAGCAAUCAUGUUCAAGAUAACAUUAUCCAUUCUUCAUCUUCUGCCGUGGAUGAAAUGAUAAUCAAUAGCCAAUGUAAAGAGAUCGGAAGCGAAAACAGACCUAUAGAUAAAUUACAAAAUAAUAUCAACAAUUUAACUAGUGAAGAAGAAAAUCGUCAUAAUAUUAACCAAACCAUGACGUCGUCGCUAGUAGUAGAUGCUACGCCUAAAAAUAGUAAAGAAAUAGACUUUUCUACCCAAUCCGAUCCUCAAAAUUUGCAAGAUGUUGUAGAUCGUUGUUGGAAGGAAAUCAAUCAAAGUCGAAAUUCUUCAGAUAACCCUCAAAAUUCGAAUAUCAAGAAUAGAACAGGAUGGCAGUGCAUUCGAAUAUUUGUCUCAUCGACGUUUUCAGAUUAUCAUUCGGAACGUGAAGUGCUUGUUAAAAAGGUCUUCCCAGAACUUCGUGAGUGGUGUGAAGAAAAGUGUCUCUAUUUGAUUGAUUGCGAUCUUCGUUGGGGGGUACCGAAAGAUUCAACUACGGAGGAAGUUUUACUGACCUGCUUAGAGGAAAUUGACCGAUGUCAUGAAGAAACUGAUGGGCAUCCAUUUUUUAUUAAUAUGUUAGGAGACAGGUAUGGAUGGACGCCGUCAUCAGAUCAAGUUGCCGAUAGUAUUGCACAAAAGUAUAAUUGGAUCUUUCCUUUAUCUAUAACUCAUAUGGAAAUUUUACAUGGGGCCUAUCGAAAUUGUAAUCCGAAUGCGGCUUUCUUUAUUCGAGAUUCAAGUAUUCUUAACGACAUACCAAAAGAAUAUCAUUAUCAAUUUAGUGAUAAUAGCUUAUUGUCCAAGCUACAGUUACAGACAUUAAAAGAACACCUGCAACAAACGAUGUCUAGUCAAGUAUUUCAUUAUUCGUGCCAAUAUGACGGGAUAAUAUCGCCACUUGGUGAACAAGAAAAGAUUAGCCUUAUUGGGUUAGACGAUUUUGCUGAGAAAGUACUAAAAUUUUUCAAGACUGCUAUCGAACGGCAAUAUCCUACUAUCAAAACGGAAAUAUCUCCCUACGAAAUAGAAUUUGCAAGUCAUGAAAUAUUCAUGCAAAGCCGUGGCAGGCAGGUUCUCGGUAGAAAAAGUGAGAUCCAAUCUGUUGUUCAUUAUGUUACUACUGCAAGCAAUCAAGCCUCGGAAGAUGAUAAUAAUGAUCAGUUAAAGACUUAUUCUGAUGAUACGGUUUCACCGUUAGUUAUUACUGGUGCAUCUGGUAUGGGUAAAUCGGCAUUAAUGUCAGCUUGUGUAUUGACUUUGCAAAAGAUGAAUUUCGACGUCUUUUAUCACUUUAUUGGAGCUUCUCCUAGCUCAACGAGUGUUCAUGAGAUGAUUUUGAGAGCUUGCUUUUAUAUGAAGGAUCGUUAUCGCGAAAAGUUAAAAGCAAGUGAUGAAGAUAUAGACAGUUUGAGCCGUAUUUCAACAUCAGAACUAUUUCACUAUUUUCGUCAAUGGACGGAAGAUAUUGCGACCGCCAUCACUUCACCAUUUGUGCUUAUUUUUGAUGCCCUAAAUCAGUUAGGAAACUGUGAUCUAAGUUGGUUACCCAAGAAUUUACAUGGAAAAGUAAGAAUUUUAUUUAGCGCUAUCGAUGGAAGUGCUGAACUGAGCAAACUGAUGGAGCAUCCACUGCAACUGCAGCAACUUCAGCUAACGCAAUUGGAUACUAAUGCAAGGAAAGAAAUUGUCGUCCACAUAUUAGCUCAAUAUCGAAAAUCUCUAGAUCAGAUUCAGCUUGAUUUGUUGACAUCAUACCCUGCCGCAUGCAAUCCAUUAUGGCUUGCAUUAGCAUGCGAAGAGCUGCGAGUUUUUGGAAUAUUUGAACAAGUUACCGAUAAGAUUAAAAGAUUUUCAGAAACCUUAGAAGGUUUACUAAAAGAUAUUUUGGAACGUAUUAUUAGUGAAGAUAACUAUGGCAUAGCCAAAAAGAUAUUAUGUCUAAUAGAGACUUCUAGGCAUGGACUAUAUGAAAUCGAAUUAAAGCAAGUAUUAAGUCAAUUAGAAACCUUACCUAUGCUUGCUUGGGCGCAAGCUUAUCGAGCGUUAAAGCCUUUCUUAAGGAAUUACCAAAGCAAUCAAGGAGUCGCCGUCCUAGAUUUUUUUCAUCGCUCAAUUAGCAAGACUGUUCGAAAUGACUUCCUACAAAACGAUAGAGCAACUGUUAAUAGCUAUCGGAAAAUGUUAAUUGAGUACUUUGAAAAUAGUUGUUCCGAUCUUGAACGUAUAUGUCUAGAAUUGCCUUAUCAAUUAUUUGAAAUUGGCGAGAAAAAAAAAUUAAUUGAGUUUAUACGCGGUAAAAGGUCUGUUCAUAUGCCACAGCAUCAAAAGCAAUCGUAUUUAAGGCGACUCCGAUGUCAAAAUUUUUGCUUCAAGAAAGAAAAGCAAGCAGUAAUUUGUCAUAUGUGCCAGUAUAAAACCAAUGGCCUUGGUCAAGGUCCAUUUUUAAAUCGUGAUGCUUGUAUAAUCUGCGGUGGAUUUGUAUCAUCUCAAAAAUCACCAGUUUACUAUUGCAUGAGACAUAAUCCCCAUCCGUUACCUCAUUGGAAUAAAUGUGCUAUUUGCUCAAAGCAAGUUCAAACAAAUACGCCUGGUAUGAAACCAGUCGAUGCUAAAGUUUGUAUGAUGUGCUAUGGAAAUGGUUCAAUGUGUGCAACCAUAGGCUAA